CUGGUGAAAGAAGCAAGAGAGCUUUGCAGCAUCGGCAAACUUCGGUUGCACAAGUUUAUCUCUAACAGCAAGGAAGUUAUAGCCACAAUUCCCAAGGAAGAACGUGCCAAGGGUGCCAAAGACCUGGAUAUGGCUCUGGGUGAACCACACAUGGAGAGAGCGCUUGGUGUACUGUGGUGUGUCGCAUCAGACGAGUUCCAGUUUAGAGUAGUUGUCAAGGAACGCCCACUCACAAGAAGAGGAGUGUUGUCUACAGUAGCCUCUGUAUAUGAUCCGCUUGGGUUUGUGGCACCCUUUGUCCUGGCGGGGAAGCAGAUCUUGCAGCAGAUGUGUCGUGACAAAAUUGACUGGGAUGACCCCCUUUCAGAUGACCUACGUUCCCAGUGGGAAUUCUGGCUCCAAGGUCUACACAACUUGUCUGAAGUAAGGAUCCAACGAAGCUACUUGCCAUCAAGUUUCAAGGAGGUGCAGAGUUAUGAGCUCCAUCACUUCUCUGACGCUAGUACCUCAGGUUAUGGAGAGUGCUCAUACCUCAGAACAAUCAGCACCGCAGGAGAAGUUCAUUGCUCCCUAGUUAUGGCGAAGUCGAGAGUCGCCCCUUCCAAGGUUACGACCAUACCACGACUGGAACUUUCAGCAGCGGUGGUAGCUGUUCGAACAAGUGACAUGCUCAAAAAGGAGCUAGAGAUACAAGGUCUACAGGAAUACUUCUGGACAGACUCGAAGGUAGUUCUUGGCUACAUCAACAAUGAAGCCAGAAGAUUCCACGUCUUUGUAGCUAACCGUAUUCAACGCAUUAAACCUCCAACACAGACAGAAAUGGAGUAA